GGAAUUUGGUAUACUAUAUGCUAAAAAAAAAAAAACUGUUUAUAUAAUAAAGCUUCAGACUAUCUCUCUCUGCCAAAAGCUCUUCUUCAAGAAGAUAAACAAAACAGAGCACAAAAAAAAAAAAAAACAGAGGAACGAAGAAGUUUCAAAAAAAUCAGUAAGAAAAAAAGAGAAAGAUGGGAGAUGUGGUAUUGGUAAUGGAGGAGAAGAAAUCAAAAGUGAGAAUAUCGCGUUGCAGAAUCUGUCAUGAUGAAGAAGAAGAAAGCUUCUUCGAAGUUCCUUGUGCUUGUUCAGGCACCGUUAAGUACGCACACAGAAACUGCAUACAACGUUGGUGUGAUGAAAAAGGAAACACUACUUGUGAAAUCUGUCUUCAGGUGUAUAGAGAUGGAUACACAGCAGUUUCAAAACAAUCUAAAUUCAUUGAAGAAGCAGAAGAAGAAGAAGAAGAAGAAGAAGUCAUAAUCAGAGUAAAUGGACGAAGGCGAAGAAGAAGAAGAAGAAGAUUAGUAGCUGAAUCCGAUUAUUCUCAGUGUGAUUCUUUUGCUGAUAGAGGAGCUUCGUUUUGUAGAUCUUUAACUUUUACUCUUUCAGUGUUUUUGCUGAUGAAACAUACAUUCGAUGUGAUUUAUGGAACCGAAGAGUAUCCAUUCACAGUAUUUACGGUACUAACAUUAAAGGCCAUAGGGAUUCUAUUGCCAAUGUUCAUAAUAAUUCGAACAAUCACAGCUAUUCAGAAAAUUCUUCGUCGUCUUCAAUAUCAUGAAUCUGAUGAAGAAGAAGAUACGUUGAGCUCUGAGUCUGACGACGACUAUGACUUGGAAAAUGAUGAAGACGAUGAUGAAGAGCAGCAACAACAUCUGGCUUAAACCCCCGCUUUGUUUAACCAAACUUAACGCAUUCUUUCUAAUUCUUCUUCUUUUUAUUUUACUUUUUCUUUCUUUUACGAAAUGCAUCUAUUCGAUGCUUAUGGAUGGAUGGUGUCAUUACAAAUUUACAAAGUAUAAUAAUAAACAACGUAAAUUUACAU